AAUCAUUCUCGUUUCUCACAAUAAUACUCACAUUAAUGGCUUUAGGUUUCAAUCUUUCUCAAAGCCUCUUCAGGUUCAGCAACUGCAAGCCAUCAUCAAUUCGGAUAAACAUAAAGUCGUGCUCCAACACCAACCAGAGCGGACCAUCCGCAGCCCAAUUUCAGACAAAGAAACGAUGCUUAAGGUGCAACACCCUUUACCUGGACACACAUAAUUCUCCAACAGCUUGCUCCUUCCACGGCCACACCACUGGAGAGAAGGGAUUGUUGGCUUUAGCUCCUCCUCACCAAGGAAUUGAUGGAGAAUGGAGUGACCGCUCUGGAGUAAUUGUUUACAGAUGGAAUGAAAAGAAAAACAGACCAAACACUGGAAGUGCCAAUUGGAAGAAAAGAUGGAGCUGUUGUGCUGAGUACGGUGAAAAUGCCCCACCUUGUCGACGAGGGUGGCAUGUUUCCUAUGAUGAUGGGUUUACUUUGUAUUAGCCGCAUUUAACUCGAUCGUGUAUUUUAUGAGAUUAGCACAAGAUCAAGUACUACUGAUGAUGAUUAUUGCUU